GGGGAGUGAAACCAAUAGCCUGAUUGUUUGCCUUCUCCUGCAGCAGUCCCCGUGCCUCUGCCUGGCCUGAAAACUUACAGGAAGUGCUCAAUAAAUACCAUUGAUUGAUUGAUGAUUGAGAGGCUCCCGGGCAGCUGAAACCAAAAGACUGUAAGAUUAUUGAGACAGAAACAUGUCCAAAAACUCCGUUGUAUCAAACUCUCCCAAGCACUUAAUAUAGUGCUCUGCUCACUCUGUGACUGGUGAAGUGGCCGGCCAGACGGAAAGAUGAAAUAUCACCACCUGCUCCUCCUGAGUUACUUGCUGCUUUCCAGCUCCUCUGGGGUUUACGCUGAUUCCCAGGACUCCUACAGUGAAGAUGGCUGUGGGCUCCUGGAUGCCCUGCCCUACAUGGUGGCGGGGGGAGGGCUCUUGGCCUUGGCCGCCCCGGCUGGACUGACAGCAUUGGGCUUCACAAGCUUGGGCAUUACUGCCAAGUCCUUGGCCGCCAGUCUGAUGAGCUGGUCUGCGGUGGCGAACGGUGGGGGUGUGGCAUCGGGAGGGCUGGUCGCCACCCUCCAGAGCCUCGGAACCCAACUGAGCACCACCACCUUGACCUCCGUUGGAGCAAAGCUGGGCUAUUCCUACCACCAGAACUACGUUUGUGGCCAGAAAAAGAAAAAGAAAUAGUAUGUACCCAGUCGCUCACCACUGUCCAGGCCCCCCAGAGUCACGAGGAGCAGGCGGACUCAGUAGUGAGGAAGGGAUGGACAGUCGGGGAGCACGUCUGGGCUCAUGCCUGGACUGUGAGGGAAGCAGGAGUGGAGCUUCUGCUCCCCCGAAACUCAUUCCAGCACCCAACUGAGCAUGACUAUUCAAUAAACAUGACAACCUUCUGAA